GUAACUUUUCGUGAGGGGAGGAUGUUAUUAGAGCGUCCACGGCACGCCUUAAACAUCCUUGCAAUACAAUAUAAUAUUUAUUAACAAUUUUACCAUGAAUAAUUAACACGUCUAUUCUCUUUGAGAUAUUUAAUGAAGUGAACAACUGUUUUUAACAAUGAGCGUUUAAUUUAUAAAACUGAUAAUCUGUACAAUAAAAUGUUCUGCAUGAAAACAUCAAUAAGAGAGAAUUCUUCGAACUCGUAGGUUCUAUCGAACACAACUUGAAGUUCUUCUUGAGUAAAAACUGUUUGUGAGUAUAAACAAAAUGGUUAAGAAAGUAAAGAAGUACACUUCUAACAAAAAAAGUGGUGGUAAAACUCUUGAUAAAGAAAAUUUUCUAAAGAAAAAAAAGCAAAAAGAUAAAAAUGAAAAUAAAUAUAAAUCUGUUGUAGUUAAACAGCAGAAUGUAAAAUUUAAAAGUAAACUUAAAAGAAAACCACAGAGGCUUAAAAAAAAAUUGAAGAAGCUUCAUGAAGAUAAGAGUAUUAAGACUUCUAAUCUUCUUAAUUCUAACAUUGCAACAAUAACAAAUAUAACAAACGUUAAGGACAGAAAAAUUCAAAGUCAAAGUAAAAAUGAAAGAAAAGAAGAGGAAUUUGGAAAAACUGGGAAAAGCAAACAACACAAGUAUAAUGGGAAUCAAAAUACUAAACAAUCUAAUGGAAAAGUAAAUAGUAUUAAGAGAUCUGCAAAACAAUUAAAACAGUCAUUACUGCCAAAUGUAAAGAAAAUAAAAAACUGUAAACAAAAGAAAAUUGUAAAUAAUAAAAUAGCAAAAAUUAAUUCAUUAGUGCAAAAGGAAAAAAAACAAAAGAAAAAAUCAAUCCCUUCUACACAAGAAAAUGACAAGACUCAAAUGGGAUUACGACAUUGUAAUUUGGAUAUUAAAAAGUUAGAAGAAAUGCUUACUGUUAAACAAAAACAAACAAAAAGGAAGAAAGCUAACACAGAAAUAAUACCUCUAAGAGAAAGAAUGAUGUCUAAAUUAAAAGCAUCCAGAUUUAGAUAUUUGAAUGAAACAAUGUAUAAUAGUGAAAGUAUUGAAUCAAAAAAAUACUUCAAAGAUGAUCCAGAUGCAUUUAAAGCUUAUCAUGAAGGAUAUAAACAACAAGUUGCACAAUGGCCUUUGAAUCCCAUUGAUAUUAUAAUAUCAUCCAUUAAAAAAAUGCCAAAAGAUUAUAUUAUUGCUGAUUUUGGUUGUGGAGAAGCAAAACUUUCUGCUUCUGUUGCUCAUAAAGUACAUUCUUUUGACUUUGUUUCAUUGAAUAAAAAUGUAACAAUAUGUGACAUGGCACAUACUCCUUUAUUGACAAAUGGAGUACAUGUUGUUGUAUUUUGUUUGUCUCUUAUGGGAACUAAUCUUCAAGAUUAUAUUAUAGAAGCAAAUAGAAUUCUCAAAAAAGAUGGUAUUUUGAAAAUAGCGGAGGUUGAGAGUCGAUUUGAACACAUAGAAGAUUUUAUAAGAGUAUUAGGCGAAUAUGGUUUUAAAAAUACAUGGAAAGAUUUCUCUUAUAAUUUAUUCUACUUUUUAGAUUUUAGAAAGGAGAAAAACAUAGAUAGUAAAAAAAGCAAGUUACCAUCUAUUACUUUAAAACCAUGUUUAUAUAAAAAGAGAUAAAGUUUGAAAAGCAUGUAAUUGUUACUAAAUACUAUAUAAUAUAAAAUGUUUAUUUUACAAACUUGUUAUUUCUGUGUUUGUUACAUUUUAUAAAGUAAUUGUAAUUAUGUCAUUAAUAUGGAAUUUGUACCACAAUGGUUUGAUAUCACUAUAUUUUAAAGCAAUAUCAAAUACACUUUAAAUGUUUAAUGUGUGUCUGCUUAAACUAUAAUAUUAUACAUUUACAGUAUACGCCAUAAAAUAUACGAAAGAGCAGAUAUUAAAAGGAUGUCCUAUAUGAAAUAUUACAACCAUCUGAAUAAAACAAAAUAAAGCAUGUAGAUUAUUCACCCAGAUUUACAUAAGUUUAUAACAAUAUAUUUACAUGUACGUACUUAAUUUCUUAUAAUCUCUUAGUUUAAUAUUCAUAUAAAUUCUUGCUUCAUACUGUAAUAGAAUUAAAUAUUUAACAAUUUAAUGUACUUUUAAAGUAUACAGAUCUAUACCCUCUCGAACAUAUUCUACUUCAUCUUCUAGAUCUUCCACUUUUUUUAAUAUUAAUAACUGUAAAAUAUGAUAAAAGUAAAUUCAAAAUAGCACUUGUUAAUGUGUUAAUGUUAAUAUAAAUUCAAUUGAAAAAUAAUUACUUUAGCAGCUUCAACUAUUUGAAUUGCCGCCUUUUUGCUUAAAUAUGGAAUUUUUUCUUGUAAAUAUUUUGGUUUCACUUUGGCUAUGCAUUGUAUUGUCUUAUACCCUGCAUUAUAUAGUUGACGUGCCCUUCCCUAAUAAAUACAAAUAAAAUACAAAUAUUUCAGUAUAGUAAAAAUGAUAUUAAUUGUAAAGAAUAUGGUCACUGAACUUACAAUUUUCACUAGCGGCAACUCCAUUAAUGCUUCCAAUUCCAAAGGACAGCAAUAAGAUAACCGUUUACUAAACGCACUUAACAAAUCUCUGAAUGACCAAAAUUCAUCUAAUUCCUAGAAUGAUCAUUAAAUUUUUAUAAAAGAUUGAAUCAUAAAUGCAACAAAUUCAUUCUUUUACCUGACAAAAUCGAACUACAGAAGACGCAAAUGAAGAGACUGCAGUCAAAAGAUUUUGUAUAAUACCUCUAUUUACUUGAUAUUUCUCUGCUAAUAUGUAAACAGCAUGAUGUGUCCAUAAGUCAUACAAUAUUAAUGUUACAUAAAAUCUCUGAAUUACUCUUAGUUCUACAUUCUGUUAAAUGUGAAACAGUUCAGUAAAAUAAUAUAUUUAAGACAAACACAAAAUGACAGAUUACCUUGGGCAUUAUACCAUCACGUAUUUUAACAACUGUUGCCUCAUUAAUUCCAAGAAGUCUUGCUGUUUUCAUCUGAUUUUCUGAUAAAUUAGUAACCUAAAGACAUACAAAUUUUAAAUAUUUACAUAAAAAUGAAUCUUAGUAUAUGUAAUAAUAAUAGUUUACCACAUCACAAUAAACAGAUCCAAUAGGUUUUAUUUGAGAUACAAUAUCAUAUGGAGUAACAAGAUAUAAAAGAUGUAAGUCGUCAACAAGGAUUAAGUGUUCUUGUGCUUUUUGUAAAUCUUGAUAUAAUGUGUAUGCAGACUGUAUAUCAAUAUUACCUACAAAAUGGAAACAAAUUUUAAAGGGAAAGAACUGAAAAGUAUUGUAUAAAGUUUUGUAUUAAGCAAAUUAAUUAUACCUUUCAAAGCUGCUCGCCCCAGGCUACAAAGUUCUAAUUUAGUUUCACUCAGCAAUGCAAUUGUUGUUUUUCUUUUUAUUUGUGUAGUUGUAUCAGUAGGACAUUCGUUUUGUGAUGGAAUUGUAACAGUCACAUUUGGUUUGUACACAUCAUAGCAGUUUCCUUUCUUCUUUACUUUCAUUACACCACUUUUUAAAAAUUCAGUUAUUGCUUGGUCUGCAGUAUGUUUUACAUUAACAUUUAAACGUUUCUGCUGAAUAUUAAGUAAAGUUCUAUUUGUUAUUUUGUGUAACUCAGAUCUAGUAUUUGCUAUAGAAUACAAUGUGGCACUUAAAAUUAAAUUAUUUAUGCCUCUAUCUCUGUCUAUGUGUAAUGUACUUAAAGAAUCAUCCAUUUUCGACAUUAAGAGUUCUUUCACCUACAAAGUAAUAACAAAAAGUUUUUAAUAAUUAUUUCACUCGCAUAAUGUAUGAUAUUAUAUAUUACUAUUAUUACUAUUAUUAUUACUUUCGAUAAUUCAUUAUUUUUACAUAAAAGUAUACUUUCUCCAAUGCUUCCCAUGCCAGCACGACCAGCUCUUCCAAUCAUUUGUUUAUAUCUGCUUAAAUUCAAAAAUUGGUUACCCACGUAUGGACUUCUUAAUAUCACCUGCAAUAUUUGUUUAAUUGCAGAAGAAAUAAAUAAGUCUUAACUAGAGGAAAGAUUCUAUGUUAAAUAAAGUACCCUUCUUGCUGGUAAAUUUACUCCAGCUGCUAAUGUUGUCGUACAACAUAGAACACAAAGAGUUCCAGCUCUAAAAGCAUCUUCUAAAAAUCGUCUUUCCUCAGUAGUAAGACCAGAAUGAUGAUAAGCUACACCAAAUUUUAUGGUCCGUUGAAGAAUAGGACAAAGACCUUCCUCGGUUUGAAGUGCUUUCAAUAAAUUUUCUUUUUCAUCUUGUUUAUGUUUUUCCAACGACCUAAAUUCAUUUAUAUAAUAAUUAAUUACAUUUAAUACACAGUUGAAUUAUAGGAAAAUCACCUGAAUAAAACUCUAGAUAACAAUAAAGCAACAUUUUCGCAAUUCUUACGAGAAGAACAGAAUAUGAGACACGAGUCUUGUGGAAUUACAUCCAUGACUAAACCUCCAAUUCUAUCCGGGUCUAUAAUUAUUGCAUCAUUUGAAUACUAAAAUAUUAAAUAAAGAUAUAAUUAAAAGACAAUUAUGAUUAUUAAGUUCUGUAUAAUUAUUGAACCAAAUGAAGUAUAUAAGCAUACACGAUAAUUAAUUUUUUUCAAAUCCGUUAAAAGAUCUUCUGUUUUUAAAUCAACCAGCCAAAUGUUAUCUUCACACUUAACAUACUCUUUAAUUUCAACGGGUCUAAAAUUUCCAGUAUACAAAUCUGCAUUCAAGAAUUUUGCUAUCUCCUCCAAGUUGCCUAUUGUUGCACUCAUUCCAAUAAUUUGAAUGUUCUCUAAAAUAUGUAUUAAAAUACUGUGUAAUAAUGUUGUACCACAAAUUUAUGCAAUAUACGUAAAUCGUUUGUUUACCAUUAACAUAUAAUGUCUUUGUUAAGAGAACUUCUAAUGUAGCUCCUCUUCCACCACCUUCUCCAAGUAGAUGCAAUUCAUCCACGACUAUGACACCAAUCUAAAAUAUUUUUAAAUAAAUAUAAUAUGCUA